CCAUACAGGAAGCUGGAUUGCCAACGAGCUAGCUGUCAACAAAGGGCAAAACUGUAUUAAAUCAGCAAAUGUGGAGGCUGGCGGUAUCUGCGAUUCCGCGUUCCUUUUCCUAAACUUCAUUUCAUUGCGUCGACAGUUGGAACUGGAACAUGGCGACAACUGCUCAGCUGUUCGAGGAGCCUUUUGAUGCAGAUGAGUACAUUGAAAGGUUGGCGUGGAGAACUCCUGGAGGAGGCUCCAAAGGGGGAGCUGAGGCAUUUGACCCAAAAAGGCUAUUGGAAGAAUUUGAGAAUCACAUAGAGGAGCUAAAGCAACUGGAUGAGAAGAUUCAGCGACGCGUAGAGAAGCUCGAGCAUCAGUGUCAUCGUGAGGCCAAAGAAUUUGCCCACAAAGUGCAAGACUUGCAAAGAAGCAAUCAGGUGGCCUUUCAGCAUUUCCAGGAGCUUGAUGAGCACAUCAGCUAUGUCGCCACUAAGGUUUGUCACCUUGGUGACCAACUGGAGGGAGUGAACACACCUCGACAGAGGGCUGUAGAAGCUCAGCGUCUGAUGACCUACUUCAACGAGUUCCUAGACGGAGACCUUCGCAGUGAUGUCUUCAAUAACCCAGACAAGAUUAAGGAGGCUGCUGAUAUCAUUCAGAAGCUGCAUCUCAUUGCCCAGGAGCUGCCAUUCGACAGAUUUGCUGAUGUCAAGGCAAAAAUUGCAAGUAAAUAUCAUGACCUGGAGCGACAGUUAAUCCAGGAGUUUACCGCUGCCCAGCGCAGGGGUGAGAUUGGGCGCAUGCGGGAGGUGGCAGCUGUUCUAUUACAUUUCAAGGGCUAUGCACAUUGUGUGGACGUCUAUAUCAAGCAGUGUCAGGAGGGUGCUUACUUAAGAAAUGAUGUGUUUGAGGACACGUCUGUGCUCUGCCAGAGGGUCAACAAGCAGGUGGGCGACGUGUUCAGCAGCCCAGAGACUGUUAUGGCCAAACUCAUCCAGAACAUCUUUGAGAACAAAUUGCAGGCACAUGUUAAGGAAAAGCUUGAUGAGACUCGUCACUCUGAUGUGGAACAGUACCUCAAGAACCUCUAUGACCUUUACACCAGGACCACAGCGUUAGCCACUAGGCUGACAGAAUUCAACCUGGGUUCCGACAAGCACACCUUCCUCUCCAAGCUGAUAAAGAGCAUUUUCUCCACAUACCUUGAAAGUUACAUUGACAUGGAGAGAGAUUACCUUCGCAACCGUGGUGCCGUGAUUCUUCAGCGCUACUAUGACUCCAAGAACCACCACAAACGCCCCAUUGGCACCGGCAGUAUUCAAGAGCUGAAGGAGCGUAUCAGGCAGCGCACCAACCUUCCCCUUGGUCCUAGCAUUGAUACUCAUGGGGAGACCUUCCUGUCCCCAGAGCUGGUUGUCAACCUGCUGCAGGAGACUCGCCACGCCUUUGAGAGAUGCCACAAACUUUCGGAUCCCUCUGACCUGCCUAAGAACGCCUUCUCAAUCUUCCUGCUGCUGGUUGAACAUCUGUGCGUGGAUCACAUUGACUACGCUCUGGAGAUUGGCCUCUCAGCGAUUCCCUCAGCAGACGCCAAGAAUGCCAACCUGUACUUCCUGGAUGUGGUUCAACAGGCGAACUCCAUCUUUCACUUGUUUGACAAGCAGUUUAAUGACCAACUAAUGCCAUUAAUAAGCUCCUCUCCUAAGUUGGCAGAGUGUCUGCACAAGAAGAAAGAGGUGAUUGAACAGAUGGAAGUCAAACUGGACACAGGAAUUGACAGAACACUGAACUGCAUGGUGGGACAAAUGAAGCACAUCUUGGCCACAGAGCAGAAGAAGACUGACUUCAGACCCGAGGAUGAGAACAAUGUUAUGAUCCAGUACACUACAGCCUGCUCCAAGGUAUGCGCCUACGUCAGUCGGCAGGUGGAGCACGUGCGGAAGUCCAUGGAUGGGAAAAAUGUGGACACGGUGCUGACGGAGUUGGGUGUUCGUUUCCACCGACUCAUCCACGAGCAUCUACAGCAGUACAGUUACAGCUCCAUGGGAGGCAUGCUGGCCAUCUGCGACGUGGCUGAAUAUCGACGCUGCGCCAAGGAUUUCAGGGUCCCUCUGGUGCUGCAGCUCUUCGACACACUCCACGCGCUCUGUAACCUGCUGGUGGUUGCUCCUGACAACCUGAAGCAGGUCUGUUCAGGUGAACAACUCACCAAUCUGGACCGGAACCUGCUGCACGCCUUCGUCCAGCUCAGAGCAGACUACCGUUCAGCCAGGCUGGGCCGGCACUUCAGUUAAUGACUGAAUGGACACCUCACUACCCUCCAGGCAGCAGCCUGUGCUCUGAUGGGGUGAUGCACCUGGAAGAGACCCAUCCCUGCUUCGGAAAAAGCGUCAGCUCGACCUCUGCAUACAGACUUUAUACUGGGACUGCGCCGUGCAUCGUAGAGAUGCCCUUUGAAUGUGGGAAAUGUGCAUUUUACCUAUUUUUCAUUGUUAAUUUCACAAUCUGAAGCAAUUUAAGUGUAUAUUGACUUCUGAUUUCAUUUGUUUUUAAAUACUAAUUCAUCACCAAUCCCUUAAACCCUGACACAAGUACACAGAGAACACAGAUUUCUGUACUUAUUAUAAAAUUGUUUUCAUUGUGCCAAAAAUAUAAAUCUGUGGUUGCACUUGUGCACAGGAAUAAACUCUAACACUGCUGUAAAGGGAGACUGUCACCAGUCACGUUGUGAGGUCAGACAUCGAGCCUCUCCUUUCUUUAAUGAACUCUAGUGACAGAGUCAGCCUGACCAAGCAUGAGACAGACUCUGUCUGGUUAACAGAGACACAUGACCACCUCUUUGACCCCUGAAGAGGGGGCGUCGUGUAGAAGCAAGAGCAGGUCUGAGAAUCUCUCUGGAGGUUUGGGUGGUCUGCUCUCAAGCUCAGAUGGCGGGUGCGAUGGGUCACUGAGUAUGUGUCACUGUAAUUGCACAGAUCAACACUUGCUCAUCCGGGGGUUUGCACAGUCCAAAGACAUUGUUGGUUGGAUCUGAAGUGUUUCUGGGUCAGGAGGUAUUGAAGGUUAACCUCUGCUGAUUAGGGAAACAAACUAGAGGGCUCUUAACACAGGACUUAUUGUGUGUCUUCUGCACUAAAGGUCAUGUCCCUGAUGCCUAAACAUUGUCUUCUACACAAAGCUGCUCCCACUGUACUGCUGUUUACCUUAAUUAGUGACUCAUUAAAAAGAUACUGCAUUUUA